AUGGUGAGCCACCGCCGUCGCGGCAAGCCCUACUGUGUUAACUCAUCAGCACGGGUGCUGGCAACUCCAUCUCAGAAGACUCAGCUGGCCGUGACCUACAUGCCAGUUAUUUUCUCACUUAACAUGAAGUCUGCAGGCAAAGUGGUUCCAGAGUUGUAUCAUGAUCCAGUGAUGGGAUCAGAGGCCCAGGGUCCGGGCACCUGUGGGCACCACUGCCUCACUGCCUCGCCCUGCAGCUCGGGCUCCUCCUCCACAGAACCCCCCGGGCCCCCCGCACGGCUGCGCCAGCCUCUGGUGCGGACCAGCUGCUGGGUCUCUGCUCUUUCAUCCCCCAUCCCCGGGGGCCCUGGCUGUGCUUCCUCAGCAAACACAUCUGGACUCAUCAGACCGCGUGACCGAAACAUCUGCCUCCAGAAGCGGAGACAGCAGCCCUUCUGUAAUCACUCCUGA